GUAUUUCCGGGUAACGGUACAGAUUUGUCAAAUAGUCCGUGCAUGGCAUGGUUGACAGGAUACCUAACGAUUCGGCAACAGAACCAGGGUGGACAUUUUUAUCAGCCUGGAACAGAAGUUAAACUGCCAGAUUAAGGAGUAACACCGUGUCCUCUGACCAUUUGACCAACUGUCCUCACUCUGCGAGAGCGCAGUUUUCACAUUUGUCAUUGCUCGGUUAGCUAACUAUUUUACGUUGGUCUUUGAAAAUGGCGGAUGUACCGACGGAGAAGAGCCUGGACGAUUUCUUUGCCAAGCGGGAUAAAAAGAAGAAGAAAGAAAAGGGAAAGGGUAAGGAGUCUGCCGUCGGGCCCACGUCGACUGCAGUGAAAAAGACUAAGAAGGAGAAGGAAAAAUCGGCAAAAAAUGAGAACCAAGACGCACAGAUUGAGAAGGAGGACGAGGAGUGGAAAGAGUUUGAGCAGAAAGAAGUGGAUUACAGCGGGCUUCGGCUGCAAGCUUUACAAAUAAGUGAUGAGAAAGAGGAAGAGGAGUACGAGAAGGAGGAGGUUGGUGAGGAUGGAGAGAUCAUUCUAGUCAGUGGAGACAAAGUGUCGGGGCCCUGGAACAAAUCUGGAGCUGCUCCCCCUCCUGCUGCACCUGUGGAGGAUGUAGAGGUGCCUGAGGCAAAGCCUGCUGGUGUAUAUCGCCCUCCAGGGGCUCGGCUGUCCACUAACAGACGAGGUCCCAGCCAGGGCCCUCCUGAGAUUUUCAGUGAUGCACAGUUCCCCUCUCUGCUGGCCACUGCUAAGCAUGUGGAGACACGCAAGGACAGAGAGAUGGAGAAGACCUUUGAGGUUGUGAAACACAGGAACCGUGGUAGAGAGGAGACCGGUGGUGCAUCCAUGCAGCACUUGCAGCUUGACAACCAGUACGCCAUCCUGGGGGAUAAGUAAAGCCGCUCCCCCUCCGUCCCCUGGCCCCUCCAGCGCGGUCCUGCCCAGCCCCCUGAAGGAAGCUGAACUCCAGCUGUGUGGACUGCAGUCCUGACAGAGCUCACGCUGCCACCACCAUCACCACACUGGUUACUCACACAAACACACAGCCUUGUAUACACACACACACACACACACACACACCACACACACACACACACACACACUCACUCACUCACUCACUCACUCACUCAUAUGCAACAUUAUCACUGCAGCACAUGCACAUACAGUGACACUCCCUUAAAAAAUAUCGAUAACACACUUUACAUACAAUUGGUUGGCAAACCUGAAGGACUGCAUCUGAAGGGGCUGUUGAAAGAGGGAAUAAUUGAAGCGGAAUUAGCAAAAUACACCCAAACGUACAACACUGCAGCAACAAAAGACAACAUAGUUGUCCUUUGUGGAUUGUAAUCAGAGCAGCAGUUGUAUGGCGCAACUUCUCUCUGGACUUCAACUUGGUUUGAUAAAGCCACAGAGGAUUGAAGAAGACUUUAGGCAAGAUGAUUUUACAAACUUCUGUGAAAAUAUCUAUUUUUUUGCAAGAUCGCUAUAACCCAAUCGCACAUGGUUAUUUUGGGGUGUGUUUUUGAGUUGUGGUUGGGGCUUCGGAAUUGGGGAAACUACCUCAGCAGCAUAGCUGGUGGUGACCAUGUGGACUGAGCUUUUUUUUCCGCUGUGGUGGUGAACUGGGGCAAACACCGGCCCCCAUACACCCCCCACCCCUCCUCCUCCUCCUCUUCUUCCACAUACAAGCUGGCCAUCAGGCUCUUUGAUUUAGAAACUUGAAGCUUUGCUUUUUUCCUUCACGAUGAUGACGAUGAUGAUGAUGACACUGCGAAGAUCUAUGGACAAGAAGUGAUAGGUUGUGGUCCUCAUUUAGAAUUUCUAUAUAAAGUGGCCUUACUGAUAGAGAGAAACUGCUUUGUCAUCUGAAGAGAACUUUGCUUGUUAUCUCACGGGCUCUUGCCUGCCUUUGGAUCUCACCACUUUGUGAAAAAAAAAAAACAUAUACAAAAGAAAAAAUCCUUCUGUUCGAGAAUGUAGUGCUGUUGUAGUUUGCGUGAUGAUUACAACUACUAACUGUCUAUCAUAUCCACUUUUCAGUUUUUCUGCCCUUCCUGUUUUUUGGUCUCUUCUAGACAUCAGCUAAAGCGCAAUUAAAGCUCGUUUCUAAUCCCAAACCAUUCUUUUGGUAACAAAUGCUUUACUGUGGUUUGUCUGCAUUUGUCACAAAUGUUACAAUGCCAACAAAAUGAUGGAAAACCACUUUAAAUGCAUAAUUUGAAGUUGCCCAUAUUGUCGCUCUGUGGUACAUUUCAACUCCAGUUUUAAGACCGAUCUUUUUUUAUCAAGGCUUUUCCUCCUCUAUUAUCAUACUGUCUCAGCCUUCAUUGCAGCCGUUUAGAACAGGUAGUUUGUGCAUAACUUCAUUUUCCAGAGAGUUACAGUGACUGCUGGUCUGUAAAUACAAACUGUCACCAAACCAACAGAGUACUAUCCACUUCCAAAUCAGUGGUACGCCCAGUUAAAAUCAAAUGGGUUUUUACUACAAGCAUAGUUAUGUUUAGAAAGGUGAAGAACUGGAUUUAUGUUCUGUGUUUCUGUCCUUUCCAUAAAAGAUGUCAGGGAGUGUUGAUUCCUGCUGGGACACUUUGCGUGGACAUAGAUAAUAUUUGUGAUGAAAAGAGAAGAGCCUAACACAGAAAAUAAAGUGAUCCUUGUGAA